UGCUGCUGCUGCCGCCGCCGCUCCUGCCCUGCUGCAGGUAAGCAGCCCAGGCAGGAAGCAAAAGCCUCAGGGCAAACCCUGAGACGAUGAACAAGAUCUGGAAGUUUUUCCGAGGAAGCAGGAGAGCUCUGGUUUUCAUAUUCGUCGCUUCUGUCAUUUGGCUGCUGUUUGACAUGGCAGCACUCCGCCUCUCAUUCAGUGAGAUUAACACGAGGGUCCUCAGGGAAGACCUCAUCCGGAGGGGACGAGAACAAUUCAAAGUUUUGCGAGAUUCUGAGAUGAUGCCCCCCAGCAGCAGAAGGGAAACCAAGCGUCCCACGAAAGUAUCCGAAAGGGGUAAAUGGGGCAGGGAAAACUUUAGGAAGACAGAGAACACAUUGUUGAAGGUUGAGGACCACGCAGAAAAACUGCAGCAGGAAUGGACCGCGCAGAAAAUCCCUGGAAAGGGAAACCCAGUCUCUGUAUGGGGACCAAUAGACCUGAAGAGCUUCCCACCACCUUCCCUUCCCCCGCUGAAGAGGGGCAGGGAAGAUAUUUCCAAAGUAAGUAACUCAUCCGUCCUGAUGGGAAGAAAACAAAAGCCUUCCAGCAGGUCCCAGGAAACUCCACUCCUAGGAACAAAAGAAAUUUCCUUGGUGAAAUUAACAUAUAGACUACCUUCUGUCAGCCAGGGGGUGCCACUGAAGAAGAGCACAAUCAUGUCAGCAGCAUCUGAAGGGGUGAAUAAAUUGGACUCCAAAAGGACUACUGCCCCUAAACCAGAUGACUCCAAGUCAGAGGCACCUGGAGGGCCAACAGGUAGGAAAUUCCACACUGACCCAACUGUGCCAACAUCUGGGGAAACCAUAGCAUUAAACAAAAGUAAGACUGGGGCCAAAGAAAUAAAUGGAAAUGAGGUUCAAUUAGACAGGAAUCCUUCCCCGCCCAAGUUUGCUGCCAACAGAGAUCACUUAAAGACCCAAUCUGUAAAUGAAACAAGAGUAGAAGGCCUGCCAAAGAACGAUAGGGCUAAAGUGGAUCUUGGGAAGAAAUUCAAUUUCUCUGAAAGCCACAUUGUGAUUGUAACCAAAGAGGAGGAGAAGAAAAUGCAACCUAAAGAGGUCCCCAAUUCCAAAGACAAUCCAAUAGUUUUUUCUAAGACGCGGGAGGAAAGUCAAGGAAGGCACAUACUAAAGAAUAGAAGUGAGACAUCUUUCCUUUUAGGCACUUCAGAAAAAGUAGGGGUGUCUCCAACCAACCAAACCCUGACUGGAGGUUCAGAAUUCACAAGAGUCACCAUAGCUAUUAAGAACCAGUCCAUGACACAGAGUCAAAUUGGGGGGCACAUACAUUUAUCUGAAGAUCUUGGAAUGCAUCCAGUAUUGAACAUUGAUGUGACACUUUCUCCAAGGAAUCCCAAAGCUCCAGGCCAGUUUGGAAACCCUGUAGUAGUUCCCCCCGGAAAGGAGAAAGAGGUAAAAAGAAGAUGGAAAGAAGGAAACUUCAAUGUCUACCUUAGUGAUCUGAUCCCAUUAGACAGAGCCAUUGAUGAUACAAGGCCUUCUGGGUGUGCAGAUCAGCUGGUUCACAACAACCUCCCUACCACCUCUGUCAUCAUGUGCUUUGUGGAUGAGGUGUGGUCCACUCUUCUUCGCUCAGUUCACAGCGUCCUCAAUCGCUCACCUCCACACCUCAUUAAAGAGAUUCUACUAGUGGAUGACUUCAGCACCAAAGAAUACCUGAAAGACCAAUUGGAUAAGUACAUGUCACAGUUUCCCAAAGUCCGGGUACUUCAUCUCAAAGAGAGGCAUGGCUUAAUAAGAGCCAGACUGGCAGGGGCACAGAUUGCAACAGGUGAUGUGUUGACAUUCCUAGAUUCUCAUGUGGAAUGUAAUGUUGGCUGGUUGGAACCUCUUCUAGAAAGAGUUUAUUUGAACAGAAAGAAAGUUGCCUGUCCAGUUAUUGAAAUAAUCAAUGACAAGGAUUUAAGCUACAUGACAGUGGACAGCUUUCAAAGAGGCAUCUUUGUGUGGCCCAUGAAUUUCAGUUGGAAAAAGAUUCCUCCUGAGGUCAUUAAACAAAAUAAGAUAAAGGAAACUGAUGUAAUAAGGUGUCCAGUCAUGGCUGGUGGAUUAUUCUCUAUUGAUAAAAAAUAUUUUUUUGAACUUGGAACAUAUGAUCCUGGCCUUGAUGUUUGGGGUGGUGAAAAUAUGGAGCUUUCAUUCAAGGUGUGGAUGUGUGGAGGAGAAAUUGAAAUCAUACCCUGUUCCCGAGUGGGCCACAUCUUCAGGAAAGACAAUCCAUACUCUUUCCCUGAAAAUCGGAUUAAAACCAUAGAGAGGAACUUGAUUCGGGUGGCUGAGGUCUGGUUAGAUGAAUACAAAGAACUUUUCUAUGGCCACGGUUACCGUCUCUUGGACCAAAGUCUGAAUGUCGGAAACCUCACUCAACAAAUAGAACUCCGGAAAAAACUGGGGUGCAAAAGUUUCAAGUGGUACCUAGAGAAUGUCUUCCCAGACAUAGAAGCUCCCAUUGUGAGAGCCAGUGGGGUGAUAAUUAACGUAGCCUUGGGCAAAUGCAUUUCUCUUGAGAAUACCACAGCUGUUCUGGAAGAGUGUGAUGGUGGUAGCAAGUCCCAACAAUUCAACUACACUUGGUUAAAACUUAUUAAACAGGGAGACAGGUGCCUAGCGCCUGUCCCUGUUGUAAGAGACCUGAGACUGUACCCUUGUGAUAACAGAAACAAAAAGCUGAAAUGGUUACAUAAAUUGACGGGAGUCCUUCAUCCCGAACAGAUGGACCACCUUAUUCUUGAGCACUGGAAGCAGCUGAGGUGCUUGGAGGCAAGCCAUUCUGGAAAGACCCUAACGGCAACUGCCUGUGAUUCUAUGAAUCCAUAUCAGAAAUGGAAAUUUGAAAAAUACCAUGUAGCCUGAUAAGGGAGAUAAUCAGAGCCAAACCAUGAUGUUCUCAUCUAGUGAGGGUCACUAGACAUCGGGACAAGGAUUUCAAUUAAUGUUACAUUACUCAGCGGUGAUUUCAACACUAAUGGCACAUGAGAAAGGAAGUCUAAAGCUACAUCAAGAUGGUGUCAUUUAACUUAAUGGUAACUCAGGGGACUGUUUUCCAACUUUGGACUGGGGCCCUGCUUCAGUAUUUGGCAACACUGAAUUUGCCUUUGUCACACUACUGUGCUAGAACUUCAUCAUCUCCCUCCACAAGUUUUAUCAAGAAGAUCAGAACAUGACUAGAUUUAAUUCCAGAAUUAACUGUGGAGGAAAUUCAUGGUACUGUGAGAAGUUAUUUGUUGAGCAUGGUAGUACUGUGAGGGUAUUGGAAGAUAACCAAAGAUUAGCCUGAUGUUUAGCCAAAUAAUAGCCUGGUCUUUACUUCUUACUGCCUUCCUUAAACAAAAAUUGCUUUAUCACCUGAGUUUCUCAAGCUGGUGUGACCUCAGAUGUUUAUGUUGGUCUGAGAUGCUUUAAGGGUGGCUUUAUGUGAAAGUAAAUGGACUGGUUAGCUUUGCAUGAUACUUUCUUAGGCCAUGAGUCUAUGAUACUAGUGGUAGAGAAGAAAGCUUCAAAUGUUUAACCAACCUCUGGCUUGAAGUACCUUCCUACUCCUCUUUGCUCUUCAGAUUUCACUUCAACAUUUGUGGUCAUUUUCAUAGCUCUUUUGGCUAGUGUUGGUUUAAAAGAACUAAAGAUCUCACAACAAGAAUUAAAGAGAGCUAAUGUAAGAUUUAGAAGAACCUUCCACUUCUAGGACUAUGAUUCCAUAUUGGGUGACAACACAUUUUAGAGAUAAGAAAUUCAGCAUAAAAUCAAAAUAUACUAUGAGACCAAGGUAGGCAGUGGGGAGAAACCUGAAACAAAGGAAAUAAAAAAUAGAACUCUAAAAGGAAAAAAUUCUUUUACCAAAAAUAAAACUCCUCCCCAAAAUCUUGAAAAAUUCUCUGAAAUCGGAAAUCUAAUAUGACUCACAAACACACAGAAGGGUGACGAAUAAUUGACUCUUUCACAUCCACAAUGCAUAUGUAGUAAAGGGAUUAAGACAGAAGAGAACAAGUUAAUCAUCACUCAGAAAGCAAAGAAAAAUCAUGAGUUGAUGGGUGAUAGGAGCAAAACACUCGCUCAAGAGAUUUUGAUAAUACUAAUAACAUAUGAAAUACUUAUUUAUUCAAAAUUGAGCCUCUGAACUUCUCAGGUAUUCCUAUAUUUUUUGUAUGGAGUACAAAAAAAUAC